AUGGAAACCACUUUUCAUUUCAGUUUUAUAUUAUUAUUCCUGUUUGUUCAAACGUAUGGCGCAAGCAGCAGCAACACCAUGAUCACCGCUUCCUCAAACGUUACAUGUAUCCAAAGAGAGCGGCAAUCACUGAGUGUAAUCAGACAAGGCCUCUUGGACGAAUCAAAUCAGCUGUCCACAUGGACAGGACUAGAAUGUUGUGAAUGGUGGGGAGUUGGGUGUGACAGGAGAACUGGUCAUGUUGUCGAACUUGAUCUUCGAUCUACAUCGUCUUUCUGGCAUGGAGGUAAGGUAAGUCCUUUCUUACUCAACUUGACGCAUUUGCGUUACUUGGACCUGAGCAUGAACUAUGUCUUUGGACAAAAUAUUCCUGGAUUCUUUGGGUCAUUCAAGUAUUUGGAAUACCUUGACCUAUCAGACUCAGGAUUUAGUGGUGCGGUCCCUCCUCAUCUAGGAAAUCUCUCAAGGUUACAAAGUCUUGAUCUUAGUAAUAAUUUCGAUUUGAUGUUGAAUAAUGAUAUGCUGUGGGUGUCUUUAUUGUCAUCGUUAAAGCACUUGGAUUUGUCAUGGAUAACAAUCGGUAACCAUAUUGAUUGGUUGCAUCCAGUUAACAUGUUACCUUCUUUGCUUACACUCAACUUGCGCUCGUGUGAUAUCAAUAUCGCCUCUAUAAAAGUCAUCAAUUUCACUUCUCUUAAUUCACUUGAUCUCUCUCUCAAUGACCUUAACUCCACCAUUCCUGUCUGGUUAUCCAACCUAACUCGCCUCAAGGAUCUACACCUUAGUGAAAACAGCUUCCAUGGGGGAAUACCAGAUUCUAUUGGAAACUUGAGCUCUCUUUCUACCAUCGACCUUUCAUUCAAUCAAUUGUCUGGUCGGAUACCUCCCUCACUUGGUGGCCUAUCAUCUCUAAGAUAUCUAUAUCUUGAGUUUACUGAAUUGAAUGGGAGCAUACCUGAAAGCAUUGGACUACUCACCAGCCUACAAGAACUCUAUCUUGGCAAUAAUAAAUUGAGUGGGAGCAUUCCCACUAGUAUUGGUCAGCUUUCAAACCUCUAUUCCCUUGUUCUUCCUCGCAAUCAAUUGAAUGGGAGCAUUCCCAAUAGUCUUGGUCAGCUUUCUAACCUCCGAUACCUUGAUCUUUCAUGGAAUCAAUUGAGUGGGGUUGUUUCUGAAAUUCACUUCGCCAAACUCUACAAUCUAACUAAGUUGGCGCUGUCUGGUAAUUCAUUGAUAACGUUGAAUAUGAGCCGUCAUUGGAUUCCUCCCUUCCAAUUGGAGUAUUUGGAUUUAAGCUCCAGCUGGAACAUGGGACCCCAAUUCCCAAACUGGCUUCAAACACAAACACAUCUACUAAUAUUAGAUCUUUCAAAUUCGAGAAUAAGAGAUACAAUACCAGAGUGGUUUCACAACAUCUCCUCUCAUCUUCAAGAAUUGGAUCUGUCCGACAACGAGAUCGGUGGAAAUCUGCCACUGAUAAAUACCAACAACACAGGGAACAACGGACUAUGUGGAAAACCACUGCCAAGAAAUUGCAAAGAAAGCAAUUUAUUAUACACUCAUGUUGGCGAUGGUGAAAGUAAAGAUAGUUUACAUGGUUUGUCAUGGUUUUAUACCGGUAUGGUCUCGGGUUUCGUUAUUGGAUUUAUGGGACUUACUGGUAGCUUGCACUUUAUUAGGAUUUGGAGGAUAACUUACUUUGAAAUGAUAGAGAAUGUUUGCAGUUGGCUAACUAUUUCAAUUCUAGUGACUCUCUCUCGAAUUAAAAGGAAGUCUUUCUAA